AUGUUCAUCCUCCUGCAGUAUUUAUUUUAUUUCGCCCUUACAAUAAUAUCGAUUUUAAUUGGGCUUAAAUUGUUCUUUCAACCGGUCAAGCGAACAUGCAAGUGUACAGCCAGGCUCGAUGGAAAAGUGGUUCUAGUGACGGGAGGGAACUCUGGCAUAGGAUUGGAGACAGCUCGGGAUAUGGCAGGACGCGGUGCGAAGGUGAUUAUAGCAAGUAGAAACGAGAAGAAGUCGGAAGCAGCUGUCCGUGACAUAAUUAGCACAACUGGUAACAAAAACGUCGAGUACAGGCAUUUAGAUCUGGGCAAAUUCAAAAGCAUCCGUGAAUUCGCUGAGGAUAUUAACAAGAAUGAAGAAAGGUUGGACAUUCUAGUGAACAAUUCUGGCGUCGGUGGCCUAGACAAUGUUCUCACUGAGGACAACAUAGAUAUAGUAAUGCAGGUCAACUACUUCGGGCAUGUCCUUUUAACGAAUCUACUUUUAAAGAAGAUGGAAGCGUCCGCGCCGAGUCGCAUCGUUAACGUGUCAUCUAAUCUACAUCACAUAGCAUACCUGAAAGUGGAUAAUUUGCGAGAGAAUAAUGUGUUCACUCACGUCAUCCGAUACGGCAAUAGUAAAUUGUGUAUUAUUCUGUGGACUAAGGCUCUAGCUAAGAAGCUACCGAAGGGUAUAACCACAUUUUCACUUCACCCUGGGGUUGUGAAAACUGAUGUCUUUCUCAAUCUAACUUACGUUAUCAGAGUGGUAGUGUUGACUGUAAUUGGGUUGUUAUUUAAAACGCCGGUAGAGGGCGCGCAAACGACCAUACAUGUUUGCGUAGCUCCUAAUAUAGAGGAGACUUCCGGUGGUUUUUAUAAGGAGUGCAGAUUAACAGCGGCCUCGAGACAAGCCCGAGAUUCCGAUUUCGCGGAAAAGGUAUUUAAUGAGUCUAUGAAAGUGUUAGACGUCGCAAAGUAA